AUGGAAUCUACAGUGCCUAUCGCCAGCACUGACGCUGCACCAGGAGCGCAAUGGGACCACGACUCUCGUGUCCAUUAUUCACUCCAACACAACGCUUACAUUUACACUGGCGAUGAUGGUAGUUAUACAUACGACCCAACAACAAGACAAUGGUUUCCAUUCUUUGAUGAGGAAUUGAUCAAGGCUCAGCAGUCGGCCUACUACACCAAUGUAAUACCUUCUUGUGUUAUGGAUCCAGCAGACGAACCUGAAUCUCAACCGGAAUUCAAUCAUCAUCUAGACGAACAUGCCAACGAAAAACGAAAAAGUGGAACCCAACCCACACAAAACUUGAAAAGAAAAAAACCCAAACAUUCUACAUUGGAUGCUCAACCAAAAAAACGUGUUAAUACUGCCGUAUAUGUCACACACCUUCCACACGAUACGACCGUUACAGAACUGCAUGAUUUAUUUAGCAAGUGUGGAAUUAUUCUUGAAGAUCCUUCUACCAACAUACCGAAAAUCAAACUGUAUGUGGACGAUCAAGGUUGUUUUAAAGGGGAUGCGUUGGUGAUCUUCUUUAAAGAAGAAUCGGUCGAAUUGGCUGUUCAGUUGAUGGACGAUACUUUAUUUCGCGCUGGUGAUGGAAUCAAAAUUCGUGUUCAAAAGGCUGUGUUUCAAGAAAAACCAGCUGGUGAGGCUCAUUCGGAUGAAAAGGGUAAAUCUGGCUCUGGUAAACCGAAUACAAAUGAAAAAAAACCUACACAAACCAUUCGUCAAAAAAUGGAGAGGCAAGUCUUGACACAUUCAUCUCCACAUCAAUCUAUUGAAACUAAUUCCAAUCGUGUGCACAUUUACCAACAAGGUUGUCGUGCUAAAAAAGAUGUUUACAUUAAAAGAACUUCAAAUCUAAAACAGGAUGUCCGUGAAGAGUGUGAAAAACUAGGACAAGUAACCAAUGUAGUUUUGUAUGAUCUGGAAGAAGAUGGCAUAAUGACAGUUAGAUUCAAGGAUGUCGAAUCUGCUGCUGCGUGUGUGUUGAAAAUGAAUGGCCGAUUUUUUGGCGGACAAACCAUCGAGGCUUCACUUUUAGCUGGAAAAGAAAAGUUUAAACAAAGCAAAGGACAAACAGAGGAGGAAGAGAAGAAACGAAUAGAAGCAUAUGAAAUUUGGCUGGAGAGUCAACACUAA